AUGGAGGACCAUCCCCAGCAGCAAGCCAGCGUGACGGUGGACAUCGAGGCGAUCGAGAACCAGAAGGAGAACAUCCAGCCGAUCAAGUACAUUCGUUGGACGAUCGAGGCUUAUCCAGCCGGAGGAACGAGUGGCGAAUCUAAACUGAUCCCCCUAUUAGAGCAAGUGACGCGGAAAUUCAUGAAGGAUGAGAGAUAUCAACAAGACAUCAGAUACUUGAAGUGCUGGAUAUUCUAUGCGAAUCAAGUCAACACCACCACCACCACCAGCGACCAAAAGGGCUUAUCAUCAACCAUCGUCCCCAACAAUACCUCGUCGAAAUUGGUGUUGAAUUAUGUGAUCCAUCAUCGGAUCGGGACCCGAUUCGGCUUGCUCUAUCUGGAAUACUUCAAGCUCUUCAUGCCGCUUCAGAGAUUGGAGUCCAACGAAACCGACCGGUUCAAGCUGGAACAAGUCCUGAAAUUCGGGAUCUCUCAGACGGUGGAUGAUGAGCUGAACCAUCACCAACUGGUCGAGCGACUCCACCAAAUCCAGUCAAUCGUCAAGAAGAAGGCCGAUCUAUCAAAGUGCAACCCAGAAGAAGAGGGCUCGAAAAGGCCAACGAAAGCAGGGCCCAAGAUGAGCAACACCAACAAGGCCAAGACGAAGAUGAAGAUCUUUGAAGACCAGGAGGGACAUGCGGGUGCGAGUUCCGAUCGCAUGGACCCACAUGAUCAAGGAGCAGGCCUCGGCGAAGCCCUGCCCGAGCCCCCGUUCUCGUUGGUCUCCAAAUGGGAUAACCUCGGCACCGUCCAUUCCAAUCGCAAACAGAACACCCUCAAUCCGUCCUCCUGGAAAGGCCAGAAACUGCCCAUGAAGAUCGCCAAACCUUCAGCUGCUACCUCUCACCACUCCCCUCUCAUCGUCACUAACCUCGAUCAACCCCCGGCUUCUUCAACUAGGUCUAAGAUUAAAGUCUAUGAGGAUCACUUUUCCGAUGAUGACUCAAUAUCUCCGAAGCAAGAUAAGAUAUCAGUGGAAGAACCUGAGGGACAAAGUAGCAGCUCAACGACUUAUACUGAUCAAGGUCCCCGCCAGAGUGGGGAGGAAGAGGCAAUGAUCAAUCCGCAUCUGUUGGACGACCUGUUGACCUCGGAGAUCGAAAGCCAAGCGCAUGCUAUCCAUAACCAAGUUUCUGUCGAUCAUCGUGACCAAUGCCAAGUCUUGAACUUCGACCCGCUCCGAUUCCUUUCCUGA